CUCCUUCAGUCCACAUGCUGCAUACGUACAAUCUAGAUUUCAAUUUCAUUCAUCGUUACCAUAAAUCAAAAUCUUUAAUUCUCCUCCAUAAUAUAUUUAAUUUAUUCCUCCUUUUUAAAUUCUCCGUAAAUAAAUAGCAUCUCUCCCUCUCACUCUCUCUUUCUCUCUCUACCCCUCUCCUCUCUCUCUCUCCUCUGGAAGCAUUUCUCUAAAACUGCACAAUUCAAGGAAUUUUUUUCUUCUCUGCUGUGGCAUUCAAGAGCUAAUUAAACGAAGAAACUCGAACAAAAUCAUGAAGUGUGGUGCGAUUGUGGAAGAAGGUUAUGUGCGUGAAGAGGUAACGCAUCUCACCGUCAUGAAAACAUCCCUCUUCUACGCCGGCGAUGGAUUCGCCGCCUACGAUUCCAACGGCGAAGUCGUCUUCCGAGUCGACUCGUACGGCGACACCGGCGAACUCGUUCUCAUGGACGCCUCCGGCAGGUGCAUCCUCACCGUCCGCCGCAAGAGGCCGAGUCUGCACCAGAGGUGGGAAGGCUUCGUCGGCGAGGGGACGGAGGGGAAGAAGCCGAUCUUCAGCGUGCGGAGAUCGUCGAUAAUCGGACGGUCGAGCAUGACGGUGGAGGUGUACAACCAUCCGAGCGAGGAGUACCAGAUCGAAGGCUCCUUCGCCUGCCGGAACUGCACCAUCUUCAACGCCGAGAAAGAGGCCGUGGCCGAGAUCCGCCGCAAGGUGGACGCCGCCAACAACGUCGUGCUCGGAAAGGACGUCUUCGUGCUCUCGCUGAAGCCGGGGUUCGACGGCGCGUUCGCCAUGGGUCUGGUUCUGGUGCUCGAUCAUAUCCAGGGAGACGAUGAAGUUGACGGCGACGAUGACGGUGACGGCAGUGAGAACGGAAGUAGGGUUGGUGUGGACCCCACGCAUGAGGAUUCAACUUUGGGGUGAAUUGCAUUUUAACCCCUAAGCUAUUAGCCAUGUAUGAAAUGCACCCCAAGAAAGUCACUAGCUAUUCAGUUGAGGCCCUAAUUCCUAAUUGGGUAGCUUUUGACUUUUCACCCCCCUGGAAUCUGAGCAAUUUGAACUUUAAUCCCUGUUUUAGCAAUGGAAUAUGCUUUGAGAAUAUCCACCAUGGUAAAUUAAAUGUUACACUUUGUUAUUUUCA